AUGGGGAUAAGGCACCUUUUGCUGCUCCUCAUAUACCUGGACCCCCUGAGCGUUCUCUGCGCCGGGACAGGAGGCAAAAAGAUGAAACCCGUGACCAAGCGGACCCCCAAGGCGAAAGACACCAACAUCACCGCGGUGAUCCCCACCGCUGCGCCGCAGAAGAACACGACCAAGGACUACGAUACGUGCACUGGUUACUACGACGUGAGCGGACAAUUUGACAGAGAGUUUGCGUGUAACAACACGGUUCACCGCUACUGCUGCGGGUCCUGCUUCCUGCGGUUCUGCUGCCAGGAAAAAGAAAAACGAGUGGAUCAGUCAAGCUGUAAAAACUACAACAAGCCGGACUGGGUGAAAACGCCCCCCCCGUCGCCAGCCUCGACGGGACAGCCUUUUGACCCGAGUAUGGACCAGACGAACACUGCGGUGUACAUCACCUGUGGGAUCAUAGCUUUUAUUUUAGUGGUGGGAGUUUCGGCAAAAGUUGCCUAUGACAAAGCCACAGAGCCUCCUCAGGAAAUGAAUAUCCAUAGGGCCCUUGCAGACAUCCUGAGGCAACAGGGACCCAUUCCCAUAUCUCAAUAUGACUGUGAGAACUUUUCAGCCAUGAACGGCUCUCCCAAAGACAACACUCCUCAACAAACCUCCUCCAAGAACCACUACACCCCUGUCCACCAGUCCAAGUCCAACCAUGGUCUCCACUACGGGAAGGAGAGUGUCCGCAGCAGUGGAGGUCACGACCUUAAUACAUUCAUCUCCUCUGGGUUUGUCACGUUGGGACGCGGCCAGCCCAAAGGUACACACAACUACAACCAUAUGGUUCUAGGUAGCCCAACACGCACCCAUAAUGAGAACACUAGGAUGAGUGGCAUCCUGACCUCACAGACGGAGCCAUACGACCUGUCCUCCUCGCGCUCCUUCCAGAGCCUGUCCCACCUACCGCCCACCUACGAGGCCGCCGUCAAGGCCGACCUCAACAGAUACUCCUCCCUCAAGAGACUGACGGAUAAAGACGUCGACGACUAUUACACCCGCAAGCGUCAUCUCCCUGACCUGGCAGCCAGAAGCACCCUGCCCUUACACGUCAUUAAAAUGAACCAGGAACAGCAAGCCCCCAGAAGACAGAGGCCUCCUCGUGUCCAGAGGGCCAUGUCCCAGGACCGGGUCCUGUCCCCAAACAGAGACCCCCAGCCAGACUACCAUGGGAUAGGGAUGACUCGGCAAGGAGGACGUAUCCUGUCUGAUGAGCAGCUACUGUCUGCCGAGAGGCUGAGGUCCCAGGAACGCCUGAUGUCCCAGGACCGGCUGUACUACAACGAUAAGUCAAUGUCGCACGCCAUCUCGCACCCGGACGUGUUCAUGCCCACGACACCGCUCAUGGACCACUACAAGAUGACAAAAAUGCACUCCCAUCCCAGUGCCUCGAGCAACGCCGGGGCGGCAGGUGGAGCAGGAGCAGCGGUGCACUCCAACACAUUAGCCAUGAACCACACGACUAAUAAGAGACAGCAGUUUGCCUCCAGAAGGACCCACACUGUGGAGCAGCUCCACUACAUCCCCCAGCAGCACUACCGCACAGGCAGCAAGACUGAAGUGACUGUUUAACACUAGCUAGCAUGCUAACGGCUAGCUUGGGAGUGAGUCAGCAGAGAAUGCUAACAUCUCAUCGCUAGUUUAUAUAUACGUCAUUUAACAGACAGUUUUAUCCAAAGUGACUUAGUCAUGUGUGCAUACAUUUUUAUGUAUGGGUGGCCCCAGCGGGAAUCAAACCAACGUCCCUUGGUGUUGGGCGAGUAUGUGUGUGGGGGGGAAAGGGAUGGGAAAAGACUGACGAGUAUAACAGGACGAUAAUUGUAUGAUUUUAAGUCAAACAAAAGGUACACUCACAUUUUUUUGCAUUUUCAGUCUUCACCAGAUCCAAGAGCGGUACUGUACUGUAAGAGACUAGAGUUCUUCAGUAGACACAAACCCCACAAAGACUGAGUCAGCUGUGGUAGUGUGCUGUGAAAUUGGCAAACUACUCUACUGUUAUUCCUGUUACGCCCUAAGCACCAGCUCCCCUUGUCCACCACAAUUUGGGUGUGAUUCAUAUGAGGGGACAUAGGCUAUUUGAGAAUAGAGAGGCUCAGGCAGCCAACACAUCUCUUAUUCUAUAAACUUCUACUGCAUUGGUAAAACGCCAGGACUAAUCCGAUCAAUGUCUCCACAACUUCUGUUGUUGAGAGACACAACACAACCACAGGUGAUGGAACCAGGAUGACCCUGUACUAACUUUAUAAAUAUAUAAAUAUAAAUAACUACCGUUUGUAACCCCAGUCUUACUCAUAGCUAUAAAUCAAAACCGAUGUUAGACAAGUGUUCCAUUUCUAAAAAUGAAGAAGUGGUUUUAAAAAGUGGUUUUAAAAAGUGGUUUUAAAAAGCACAAUCAAUUAAUGAGAUUCUGUGUUUCUGUUCAGUUGUUUCAAAAGUUUGGUCGCUGAUGGCUAGCUCGUAGAUGAUUGUAAAUAAGCUAUACUUCUAGAGGCAGUAUUAUGGACGAGUCUGUACCAGUUGGCUUUUGUAUUAGGCUGUCUAAUGUUUUCAGUAGAUUCUGAACUGGUUAUAAACCACCACCGUUUCGUGAUAAGUUCAGACUAGAAAACCCACUUAACCAAGCAUUUGACAGGAUAAAUGAGUACUAUAACUAUGUUUGUAGAAUGUGAAUGAAUGUGAAUGAAUGUGAAUGAAUGUGAAUG